AAACAAAACAUAAAAUUAAAAUUGACCCACCCACUUAUUAGUCACUACUCAAUUUUAGCGUCGUCGUGCACUGUUUUACCGUGUUAUUCGUUAUAAGUUACUAAUUUUUUUUUUUUUUUAUUUAUAAUCUUAGUUCCGGAACGACCGAUUCUCCCGGAUUCGAUCGGAAUAGUUUUAUAUUUUUGUACUUCAACGUUUUGACAAACGGUCGAAAACCAACAUGUUUAGGUCGUAAACGAAUUGUAUUAAUUAGGUAGGUUUUGUGUCUGUUCAAAAUGAUUCGUUGCACUUUCCUGUGCACUUUGGUCGUGCUAUGUAUGACACCAAUGGCUUGGUCGCAAUUCAACGAUUUAGAGAACGAAUGGCACUGUCCGCAGUACUGGGUCCAUUACGACAACUCCUGUUAUAAAUUUGUAAAAUCACCCAUUCGACCAAGAAAUGAAGCUCAUCGAAACUGUCAAGCUUUUGGGGCUGAAUUAGCUAGUGUCAAUAGUAUAGAUGAACAUGGUUUUCUUAUUAACCAACUUUUGCAUCAAGAUCCACAACAUAGACAAUGGUAUGUUAGUGGUAAACAAACAAGCCCUGGAGUAUGGAUAAAUGAUUCAGAGAAUAAUAUUCCUUUAAUAGAUAUUGAAAAUGCUCUUUUGCCUGAACAACAUUCUACAUUAAAUAGAGAUUAUAUUGCUUAUACGUACUCAAAUCAAUUGCAAAAAUGGGGAUUUGAAAAAGUUCCUGGCGAUCGAUAUUUGUUAUAUAUUUGUGAAAUACCCAUUAAUAAACAUAAUUUAAUAAUUGAUGAUCGGUCUUAUCAGUAUGGUUAUAAUAUUGAUGAUCGUCAAAAAAUUCCACGAGGUCCUUAUUUUAUUAAGCAACCAUCUGAUGUAGUAUUUGAUGGUUCCAGAAUUGCAAUUACUAAUGAUGUGACUCUAAAAUGUGUUGCCGGAGGAUUUCCAACUCCAACUUAUGAAUGGUUCAAAGAAGAAUAUGAUAACCAAGAUCAAUUGUUAGCUUUAAAAAUUGAUCCAUUAAGUAAUAAUAGAUUUACGUUAAGUGGUGGAACACUUAUUAUUUAUUCUCCUAAAAGGGAUGAAGACAGAGGUCGAUAUCAUUGCAAAGCAUCAAAUAUGUUUGGUUCUAUAAUUUCUGAAAGUAUUCAACUUUCUUUUGGAUUUAUUGGCGAAUUUAAUCUACAGAGACCUCUUGAACGUGGAAAUAAAAAUUGGGGUAAAACCAUAUUUUGUGACCCUCCACAGUACUUCCCUGAUGUAAGUUAUUAUUGGGUAAGAGGAGCGUUUCCUGAUUUGGUUCAAGAAGAUAGACGAGUUUUUGUAUCAUAUGAUGGUUAUUUAUAUUUUUCCUCGUUGGAAGAAAGUGAUGCUGGCAAUUACAGUUGUAAUGUGCAAAGUAAAGUUUCCAAUUCUGGCAAAAAUGGACCUUUAUUUCCAUUACAUGUAGUAACUCAUUCUGAUUAUCAACAACUUAUAUUACCAAAUAAUUUCCCAAAAGCAUUUCCAGAAGCACCUAUUGCUGGUCAACAAGUUCGACUUGAAUGUGUUGCAUUUGCAUACCCUGUGCCUUCUUAUAAUUGGACAAGGAAAGGUUCUCCAUUACCUAAAGGAUCCUAUUUAACUAGCUAUAAUCGUGUCUUAAUAAUACCCAAAGUUCAAGUGGAAGAUCAAGGUGAAUAUAGUUGUCAUGUUUUCAAUGACAGAGACAGUAAAGAAAAAAGUGUUUCAUUAACAAUACAAGCUGAACCUAAUUUCACCAUACCACUGACGGAUAAACAUAUGGAUAAUCAAGCUGAUUUAACAUGGACCUGUGAAGCAUUUGGUGUACCUGAUGUAACAUAUAAAUGGUUUAAAAAUGGGGAGCCUAUAGAAAUUGAUAAACUGCAACCUGAUGACCAAAAACGAUAUUUGAUACAAGACAAUGUGUUAAACAUAAAAUAUUUAGAUGCUGAAAAAGAUUCAGGAAUGUAUCAAUGCGAAGCUCGUAAUACUUUAAAAGCACGCUACUCAUCCGCCCAACUAAGAGUUUUAUCUUUACGUCCAUCAUUUAAAAAGAAGCCAUUGGAACCAGAAAUGUAUGGUGCUGAAGGAAAAAAUGUAACAAUCCAAUGCAAUCCGGAAGCUGCACCUAAACCUAAGUUUACUUGGAAAAAAGAUGGAUAUGUAAUAGGAUCUGGAGGUAGACGUCGUAUAUUGGAUAAUGGAAAUUUGGUUAUCAAUCCAGUUGGCAGAGAUGAUGAAGGUAUUUACAUAUGUAUUGCUCAAAAUAUUUAUGGUGUUGAAGAAAGUCAAGGAAGACUUAUUGUAAUGCGUGGUCCUAUGUUUAUUGAACAACUGAGUCCUCAAAUUCGAUCAGUUAUAAGACAUGAUUUAUUAUUGCGCUGUCAAGCAGUUUCUGAUGAACUUUUAGAUACAGCAUAUAUCUGGAAACAUAACAAUUUACCAUUACUGAAUUCCAAUUCUGAGAUGAUUGGACAUGUUAGUAUUAAUGGUGGAGAACUAUAUCUUCAUAAUCUAACAUUGGAAGAUUCUGGUGAAUACAAAUGUAUUGUCCGCAGUGUAGUUGGAGAAAUAUCAUCAUCAACUACUUUAUUUGUUGAUGGACCACCAGGACCUCCUGGAGGAGUACAAGUUGAGGUAUUAAAAACAUCAGCCAAAUUACAAUGGACCGAUGGUGCUGCAAAUGGACCUCCUAUCUCACAUUAUAUAGUAUAUGCUCGAACAGCAUGGAAUAGUACAUGGUUUACGAUAGCUACAGAUAUUGUAACUAAAGAAGUCGAUAGGUACAAUGGACGUAAAGAAGCGUUUUUAGAAAAUGUUCUACAACCCUGGUCUAAAUAUGAAUUUAAAAUGGUCGCAGGUAAUAGCAUUGGAUUUGGUGAAGUAUCACUUCCAUCACCACAAGUCAACACACCAGCUGAUCGCCCAUACAAAGCACCUACAAAUAUCACUGGAGGUGGUGGGAAAAUUGGAGAUUUAACUAUUGUGUGGAAACAACUAUCUCCACAAGAUCAAAAUGGACCAAAUGUUUAUUAUAGUGUUUACUGGAGACGUUUGGAUCAUGAUUCAGAGUUUCAGUCUUUAUCUUUAAAAGAGAGUGGUAAUAUUGGAAUGGCUGUGGUGCAUAUUAAACACGAGUUUUACUACACUAAAUAUGAAGUUCAAGUUCAAGCUAGUAAUUCAUUUGGUGAUGGUCCUAAAUCGGAGCCAAAAGUGAUAUACAGUGCAGAAGAUAUGCCACAAGUAUCUCCACAAACAGUAUUUGCUAUUUCUUAUAACUCAACUGCCAUCAAUGUAAGCUGGGUACCAAUUGACCAAUCUCGAGAAUUGUUGCGCGGUAAAUUAAUUGGUCACAGAUUAAAGUAUUGGAAAAAAGAUGCUAAUGAAAGAGAAGAAGAUGCAGUAUAUUAUUUAAGUAGGUCUACAAAGCCUUGGGCACUCAUUGUUGGAUUACAACCAGAUACAGAAUAUUAUGUAAAAGUAAUGGCAUACAAUUCAGCUGGAGAAGGUCCUGAAAGUGAACGAUUUAUUGAGCGAACAUAUAGAAAAGCACCACAAAAACCACCAUCAUCGGUUGUUAUUGAAGGCUUAAAUCCUGAUACUAUACUUGUAACUUGGCGAUAUGUAGCACCUACACUUGAAGAAGAACCGAUUAAGGGUUAUAAGGUACGUGUUUGGGAAAAUGAUCAAGACAUGAGUACUGCAAACGAUACAAUUGUUGAAAUUGGAAGCAAAUUGGAAGCACGUAUUACUAAACUAACCCCUGGAAAAGUGUAUAAACUACGAGUAUUAGCAUAUUCUAAUGGUGGAGAUGGACGGAUGUCAUCACCAGCUCAUACUUUCCAAAUGGGCAAUCCUGAUCUGUACUCAUCAAACACUGCCUCGCAGAACUCAAUGGUUUGUCUAUCAAUCGUAUUACUUUUAAGAUUGUAUGGUAUAAUAUAGAGUAAUUGUAUAACUAUAGAAGUGCAAUACGCACGUGCACAAAUUAUCGUCUCAUAUAUUUGUUUAGCACAUUUUUACAACUAACCAUUUAUUAUUUUGUAGCAUAGUUUUAAGUUUAUGGCAGUUUAUCUAAAGUGUAAGAUUAAUUAUUGUUUUACUCUCCGUCCCUAUAAUUUAAUAAUAAUACGUGAUAUAAUAACAAACCACCAUAGUAUAU